AUGGCGCAGGAUGUUAGCUUCCCGGAGCAGUGCCAUGGAUAUUGUUUCUCAGUACUCCAGCCAUUCAUCGAUCAUUUUCUCAAGUUAAAAGAGGCAACGGAUGACAAUGAUAAAAUGAAAGUCGAAAAAAUACACUCACUGGAGCUUACCAUUAACAAUUUGCAGAGUCAGCUACUAAAAAGUGAGACGGAAAUAAAAAACAAUGUCGAGCAAAUCAAGGUUAAAGACGAACAAAUCAAGCAGAAAGACGAUCAAAUCAAGCUGAAAGACGAUCAAGACGAAGAAAUCAAGAAUCUCAGAGAGGAUGUGAAGAUGAUUUCGUGUCUCAAUAGUCCAAAUAGCGUUUUUGAGAUGAAGGUCAAGGGAAUGGAGCAGUUUGAAAGUCCCUUCGAUUCGUCUCGAUGGACGGUCAUUCAACGGCGUAUCAACGGAAGUGUUGACUUUAAUCGCAACUGGACGGAUUACAAAAAUGGAUUUGGAGAUGAACGGGGAAGUUUCUUCCUGGGACUGGAAACAAUCCAUCUAAUGACCCUGGCCCAUCCUCACGAGCUGUACAUCCAACUUAGAGAUGUGAAUGGAACCACCAGCUAUGCUCGAUACGAUGAUUUCAAAGUAGGAAGCGAAAAUGAAGACUACAAACUGAAAUCGCUGGGAGAGUAUUCAGGAACAGCCGGAGACUCAUUUAGUUACAAUCUAGACAUGAAGUUUACCACAUUGGACCGGGAUAAUGACAUGUCAGAGAAAGGCAAUUGCGCCAUUGCUCAUGCAGGUGGUUGGUGGUUUAAGAAUUGCUCUCGAAGUUCCCUCAAUGGAAAAUAUUAUGACGAUGGUAAAAUAACUGCCUGUCAAUAUUACGGCAUUUUUUGGGGUACUUGGAAGAACUAUGACUACACGAUCUCGCUUACAUUUUCUCAAAUGAUGAUAAGACCUAAGCCGUUAAAAAAAAAGGUCUCUUUUUAAUGAUAUUUUAAUAGUUAAGUUAAUGCUGAAAGACGAAUAUACCUCUACAAAUUAAAUUCUAAAAUUUGUACAAUUAAAUAAUAAAAAAAAAACAGCACUGUCGUUGGGACAAUAUCUGUCAAUACCUGCCAACGAAAUGGAUCAACAUUUUGCAGCCCUAGCUAGCUGGUAAUAUUAAGCUGAAUAUUAAAACUGAGAAAAAUGAUUUCCAAUUAACAGCCGAAACUAGAAUCGUUUCAGCAUUUAACAGCAGUUGAACCUUAUUUUAUUACACAUUCGUCAGUAGAAACUAUUAUUACAUUACAUUACAUCUACCGAGGCUUUAAUAAUAAGGCUUUAACAAUCACAGUUGGCUUCCCAAAUUUCCAAUGUCAAAUGCAAUUAACAAAAAUAUAAAACGCGCUCCAUUUACAGAAACAUAAGAGAGAGAGAGAGAAAUUUCUGAACCACAUUUGGAGUUUAAAAGUUAAUUACGAAAAACAAACAUCAAAAUGUAUAUAUACAUAUAUUCCGAAAUCAAACUCACAGUACUUUCAAAAUGUCUCAGAUAUACACUGGAUUCUUCGACUGCUUGGACUUGCUUUGCAAUUGUAAUUGGAUGUAAUUGGAUCCUCAAAAUUACGGAAUUCCCGGUAUGAAAAACCUGCGGAGUCGCGGCUAAAAUUAACGAGCUCCAAAUGUUUGCAAUUAACCACGACACACAAAGAUAAUAACGAUAUACUAAUUAAAAAAAAGCCGUCCACUAAACAACAAAAUUAUUUGCGUGUACUUACGAGGGGUUUAAUGGAAUGCAUAAAAUAAUUUUGGCAAUUCAAU